CCUUCUAAGCCGCCACCUGGGUAGUUCCACUCGGAGGCCCUGGGCUCUCGGGCCCCGCUCCGGCCUCCUGCUCCUGCCCGAGGCCCCGCCCUCAGCGCUGGCCACACCCCUGGUAGCCCCGCCCCCAGAGCUCCUCCCCCAGCGGCCAGGGUAGGGUGGCAGCUGGCCCAGCCGGGCCCCCGCUGCCCUCUGCCCAGGGUGCUUGGUAGGAACGGGCAGGGCACGGCAGGACAGGGCAAGCACAGCGGUCCGGGGUCUCGGAGGCGAAGAUGGCGUCCGGCAGGCGCGCCCCGCGUACCGGGCUGCUGGAGCUGCGCGCUGGGGCGGGCUCGGGUGCCGGCGGCGAGCGGUGGCAGCGAGUGCUGCUGAGUCUGGCGGAGGACGUGCUGACCGUGAGCCCCGCCGACGGCGACCCUGGCCCCGAUCCCGGCGCUCCGCGGGAGCCGGAGCCCGCGCAGCUAAACGGCGCUGCGGAGCCAGGCGCGGGGCCCCCGCAGCUGCCUGAGGCGCUACUGCUCCAGCGGCGCCGCGUGACGGUGCGCAAGGCCGACGCCGGUGGGCUGGGCAUCAGCAUCAAAGGUGGCCGGGAGAACAAGAUGCCUAUUCUCAUUUCCAAGAUCUUCAAGGGACUGGCAGCUGACCAGACAGGGGCCCUUUUCGUGGGGGACGCCAUCCUGUCUGUGAAUGGGGAAGACUUGUCCUCUGCUACCCACGAUGAGGCAGUGCAGGCCCUCAAGAAGACAGGCAAGGAGGUGGUGCUGGAGGUUAAGUAUAUGAAGGAUGUCUCACCGUAUUUCAAGAACUCUGCUGGUGGGACCUCGGUCGGCUGGGACUCACCUCCUGCCUCACCCCUUCAGCGGCAGCCUUCCUCUCCUGGCCCCAGACCCCGGAACCUCAGCGAGGCCAAACACGUGUCUUUGAAGAUGGCAUAUGUCUCAAAGAGGUGCACCCCCACUGACCCGGAGCCCAGGUAUCUGGAGAUCUGCUCAGCAGAUGGCCAAGACACCCUCUUCCUGAGGGCCAAAGAUGAGGCCAGUGCGAGGUCGUGGGUGAGUGCCAUCCAAGCCCAGGUCAACGCUCUGACGCCACGGGUCAAGGAUGAGCUGCAGGCACUGCUGGCAGCCACCAGCACAGCUGGGAGCCAGGACAUCAAGCAGAUCGGCUGGCUGACUGAGCAGCUGCCCAGUGGGGGCGCGGCCCCCACCCUGGCCCUGCUGACUGAAAAGGAGCUGCUCCUCUACUCUUCUCUCCCUGAGACCGGCGAGGCCCUGAGCCGGCCAGCCCGUACUGCCCCACUCAUCGCCACCAGACUGGUGCACUCAGGGCCCUCCAAGGGCUCAGUGCCCUAUGAUGCAGAGCUCUCUUUUGCCCUGCGCACGGGCACGCGUCACGGUGUGGACACUCACCUGUUCAGCGUGGAGUCACCGCAGGAGCUGGCUGCCUGGACCCGCCAGCUGGUGGAUGGCUGUCACCGGGCCGCCGAGGGUGUGCAGGAGGUGUCUACAGGUGUGCUGGGAGGAUCUGGGAGUGUCCCUCUGCCUGCACGUGGAACGGGCGUCCCUGCAGCCUGUCUGUGCACAUCGACAAGGGCUUCACACUGUGGGCGGCUGAGCCAGGGGCAGCCCGAGCUGUGCUCCUGCGACAGCCCUUCGAGAAGCUGCAGAUGUCUUCGGAUGAUGGCGCCAGUCUCCUUUUCCUGGACUUUGGGGGUGCUGAAGGCGAGAUUCAGCUGGACCUGCACUCGUGUCCCAAAACCAUAGUCUUCAUCAUCCACUCCUUCCUCUCGGCCAAAGUCACCCGCCUCGGGCUCUUGGCCUAGAAGUCGCCGGAUGCACUAGCCCUGAAGAGGGGUGUCUAUGACACGGCCUAAGCUACCUGCUCGCCCCUGGGCUGACGGAAGGGAGAGGAGAGGAACGAGGGCCUCAGAGACCCUGCCCCUGAGUGAGGCUGGAUUGGUCUUGGGGCCCAGGACCCAGACCCAGGACAGAGUGGAUCCUGCCUGUGAUGGGGUGGCCUUCCUGCUGCCCCCCUCCACUAGUGCCUUUUGCAGAGAGAUAUUUUGUGUACACAGAAGCCAUUCCAAGCCUGGGACCUGCCCCUGUGCGGAUCCUGACCCCAGCCAACAGCUGAGCUGCCAGGCCUCCUUGAGGCCCCUAAGCCACCCCUAGAGGUCCCAUCUGAAGCUGGAGUCCCCUGGGGUCAGCGGCAAGAGAAAGAAGAGGAGCCUUUCUGUUUGUUUUUCCCCUUAGCUCCGCCACCUUGGGGAGUCUGGUUUUUCUCUUCAUCCUCUCUCUUUCCUCCUUACUCUUGGAUAAAUAAAUAGCCUGUGAGCAUACAGGCAGCCCGGCCCUGUG